CGAGAUGAUCGUGUGAACGGAGGAACCCCCCGGACCAUGUCGACCGCGUUUGUCUCUCUAUAAAAGGGUGUUGGAGAGACGGGUGGCACACAGUAGCUUAGAUGGCAGGUGGCCUCACGUGUCGCACAUCUCAAGUGUCCACGCGGUAAUCGUCGCUACUCUAUCUCUACCUCUGUCUGUGAAGAGCUCGUCGUCGAGUGAUGUGAGAGUCGCCGCCGCUGAUGCAAUUGGCGGAAAGAUUUCGUAUGUGUGUGUGUGAACUGUGAAACGAACGUUGGCCAACGAGUUUAACAGCUUUCUGGCUCUCGCCUCUGGUGAUUACAGCUGUAGCUGCUACGAAGUGGAUUGAGUGUGUCUCCGAAGCACGAGGUGAACGCACCGUUAGAAAGAGUGUCGUCGGUCUUGGAAGGAGCGCGAACCCGGUCAGUGGAGCAGGAUGGCAUACAUUAACAUCUCGCAGACCCCAGGCUCCAACAAGCAGUUGCUUCAGCACUACCUGACACUACCCCAGGAGGGGCCUCCGGAACCCGAGCGGAUGUCCGGCUACCCCGUACAGCUCGAGUACAUCUGGAUCGACUCCACGGGGGAGACACUUCGGAGCAAGUGUAGGACCGUGUAUGAGGUGCCUGAAGGGCCUGAAGAGUGCAUCAUGUGGAACUAUGAUGGGUCAAACACUGGGCAAGCCGUUCCAGAAUUCUCCGACACCUUCAUCAGGCCGGUGGCUAUCUACCCGGACCCCUUCCGACGAGGACCUAACAAGCUGGUGCUCUGUGAGGUGCUGGAUACCCAGGAUCAGAAGCCUGUGGCAUCCAACAAACGGCACAUGUGCAAUAUCGUGAUGAGCCACCCGGAUGUCAAGGCUGCUGUGCCUUGGUUUGGCAUCGAGCAGGAGUACACUUUGCUGGACUUGGAGCGGUACCCGUUGGGAUGGCCAAAGAAUGGAUUUCCAGAACCUCAGGGUCCCUACUACUGUGGUAUCGGCCCCACCCGUAUUCACGGCCGUGAUGUAGUGGAGGCGCACUACCGGGCCUGCAUGUACUGCGGCAUCAAGAUCAGCGGCAUCAACGCCGAGGUCAUGCCCUCUCAGUGGGAGUACCAGGUGGGGCCCUGCGAGGGUAUAGAUGGGGACCAGCUGUGGGUGUCGCGCUACCUCCUUCAUCGCAUCGCCGAGGAUUUUAAUUGCAUCCCCAGCCUGCACCCCAAGCCCAUGUACGGCAACUGGAACGGAGCCGGCGCUCACUGCAACUUCAGCACCAGAGUCAUGAGGGAGCCGGGGGGCAUGCCGUAUAUCCACGAGGCCAUUGCCAAGCUCCAGCGGCGCAUUACAGAGCACAUGCGGGUGUAUGACGUGCACGGCGGAGAGGACAACAAGCUGCGCCUGACGGGUGCCUACGAGACGUGCCGCAUCGACGAAUGCACGUGGGGUGUGGCCAACCGCACCGUCAGUGUUCGCAUCCCCAAGCAGGUUGACCUCGACGGUUGCGGCUACCUGGAGGAACGACGACCGGCCGCCAACGCCGACCCAUAUGCCGUUACUGAGAUGAUGGUCCGCACCCUCAUCCUCAACGAGGGCAUGUAUUGUGUGGAUCGUAACGAGUUGUACAAACUGUGGGCAAAAGCUUCAAGACGACGCCUAUUCAAGAUGGCCUACAUCAGCUUCUCAUAUCAACCGGGCUCCAACAAGCAGUUGCUGCAGCACUACCUGACGCUACCCCAGGAGGGGCCUCCGGAACCCAAGCGGAAGUCCGGCUACCCCGUACAGCUCGAGUACAUGUGGAUCGACUCCUCGGGGGAGACGCUUCGGAGCAAGUGUAGGACUGUGUAUGAGGUGCCGGGAGGACCUGAAGACUGCCUGAUGUGGAACUACGAUGGGUCAAGCACUGGGCAAGCUUUUUCCCAUUGUUCGGACACCUUCCUCAAGCCAGUAGCAAUAUUCCCGGACCCUUUCAGACGAGGACCCAACAAGCUGGUGCUGUGUGAGGUGCUGGACUGCCAAAACCAGAAGCCUGUUGAGUCCAAUCUACGACAUUCCUGCAACUCUGUGAUGCAUCAGCCAAAGGUGAAGGAAGCGGAGCCAUGGUUUGGCAUCGAGCAGGAGUACACGCUCCUGGACAUGGAGAGGCACCCUAUCGGGUGGCCAAACGGCUUUCCAGAACCACAGGGUCCCUACUACUGUGGUAUCGGCCCCACCCGUAUUCACGGCCGUGAUGUGGUGGAGGCGCACUACCGGGCCUGCAUGUACUGCGGCAUCAAGAUCAGCGGCAUCAACGCCGAGGUCAUGCCCUCGCAGUGGGAGUUCCAGGUGGGGCCCUGCGAGGGUAUAGAGAUGGGGGACCAGCUGUGGGUGGCGCGCUUCCUCCUUCAUCGCAUCGCCGAGGAUUUUGGGGUCAUCCCCUGCCUGCACCCCAAACCCAUAUACGGCAACUGGAACGGCGCUGGCGCACACUGUAACUACAGCACCAAGCUUAUGAGAGAGCCGGGGGGCAUGGUAUACAUCAAAGAAGCCAUUGGCAAGCUAGAGAACCGCAUUGACGAACACAUCAAGGUGUACGAUCACGGCGGCGAGGACAACAAGCAGCGCCUGACUGGUUACAACGAGACAUGCAGCAUCGACGAGUUCCGGUGGGGCGUUGCUGACCGCACUGCCACCAUCCGCAUCCCCAAGCAGAUUGAACUGGACGGCUGUGGCUACCUGGAAGAGCGACGACCCGCCGCCAAUGCUGACCCAUACGCCGUCACCGAGAGGAUGGUCAGAACGACCAUACUGGAUGAAUGA